AUGAGCAACGAUAGCAACACCAGUGCAGAUUUCCUCGAAGAGGACACUUUGACGGAGGAAGAUAGCGACGGCGAGGACUCACCCAAGAAGAAGAAGACCACCAAGAAGAAGCCAAAACAAACCCAACAAACCUGGGAUGCUACUAGUGCUGAUUCUGUGCUGGUUGCCAAAGCUGUUCUUGAGGGCAAGUGCAACCCAAACGACUUCAAGUCCGUCCGAAAGGCUGUGCCACAAGUUGAGAAGUGGAUCAAGGACGAGAGAUACGGACGAAACACUCUCGACAAAAUUCGACGCAACAGCCGCAAGCUCAUCAGGAACAUCCACAUCUAUUUGAUCACUGGUAACGGCUUCUUGGGAGACACAGAGUUCUUGAAAGCCACCCAGCUGAAAGGACGCGGCGGCAAGGAGAUCAACGGACUCCCCGGGUAUAUUUUUGACGGAAAAGCGGAGCCAAGUGCAGACAUGGCGAAGAAAUCCAACAAGAAGGAGGCAAAAAAAACUCCGCCGCGACCACGCCAAGGCCGAGCCAGUACAGUAGUCGGCGGCGAUGCUGCGGAGCAACCACCACCACCACCAGUUGUGGAACAGCCUCCGGCGGCAAUGGAUUUGGUCGGCGGCGUCGCUGCGCUGGAUCUGAACCUUGGAGGUGGUGAUCUUCCAUUCGAUCAGCUUGUUCUUCGUCUCAUGUUCACCGUCCAAGACAAGCUGGAUCCAGUCAUCAGUUAUGCACCAAAGCGUCCACUCUUGUGCUGCACCAUGGCUCUUCCUGGGGGCAUCACUUGGGAGGACAUCGAAGUGUCCAUCGUGGACGCUGGUCAAGCACUCCUCUUUCGGUUGCACAUUCCACUCUCAAUGAGGAUUGCCAAGAACAUCAUCGGUCCGAUUGCACUUGAGGACACGGAUUACCACGACCUCAUCAAAUCCUCACUCAAGAAACUUCCCAAUGUGGUGGAGCGGAAGAUCAAGAUGCCUUUCCAGUGCGAGCAAGUCUUCCGGUGGCCUGACAACCAGCUGCCAUUUGCGGAGCCCAACAACUACAUGCGCCGCUGGUAUCGGUAG